AUGUUGGCACGCAACUUGAGGUGCCAGAUCUGCUGCAUGGUGCGCCCUCCUCAAGCAACGCCUCAAGUCGCCUACUCCAAGCCGAAGCAGUUCAACGAGCGGCUUUCCGGCGACUCUUUCUACGUCUGGGAUGCAGAGGGAAAGAAGUACGGGGUCACCCACUUCAUUGACGGCCUUACGGACUACCACGUGGGCGACCUCACGGACAAUCCCGACUCUGGGUUCUCGAGAGAGGUGCUCCAAGAUCUUUGGUACGGGGUGUUUGGCCCCCCGGACCUCCUCAUCACGGACGGUGGCCCAGAGUUCGCUGGGAAUGUUCAAGCUGUGAACGAACUGUUCGGGACAGUACAUGAGAUUGUCCCGGAGGGUGCAAAGUGGCGCAUGGGGCAAGCUGAGCGACACGGGGCCAUUGUGAAGUUGAUGAUGAUGAAGACGGUCAAGGCCAUGAACCUCAAAGGCCUCUCCCAGAUGCGCUUGGCUGCCCUCGCAGCGUUCUCGGCGAAGAAUCGCCUGUGCAAUAAAGGUGGCGUAAGUCCUCUUCAGGCCGUCACUGGCCGGUGCAACGUGAUUCCCGGCUCCCUGAUGUCCCAAAUCUCCUCGGGGCACGUGCGGUUCAAGUGCAACCAGGAGCUGUGCAGCAAUGAGGCCCUCGCCCAUGCCGAGCGGAUUCGUCAUGCGGCGAUUGAGUCGUUCCAUUGGAUCGAUGCCCAUGAAGCCUUGAGGCGAGCUUUGUCUUCUCGAUCACGGCCUCCGGCCUUGGAGGGACUACGGGAAGGAGCCGUCGUCUAUGUUUACGAUCCUCCGGCUUCCCGGAAAGGACAAGCCCGUCGACUGCAAGAUCAGGUUUCAUGGCAAGGCCCGGGGGUGAUUGUGUGUGUUGAACGGGACCGCCCGGUGCCGGCUCGGAUCUGGGUGCGAAUCAGAGGGCGGGUGAAGGCCUUUCCCCUUGAGAAGCUGCGCUUGGCUACCCCAGAUGAGAUGACCGGCUCGCAGUUUAUCAACAAAGCCCUCGAGGAUGUUGAGAAAGAGCUCCAGGGCGGGAACAUCACGGUGGAUGGUUCCCCCAUGACCGAGGCCGUUGAUGGUGUUGAGCAAGGAGCAGGGGCUGGGCCAUCGACGAGGAGGGCAGAGGCAUCCUCGUCGUCGUCCUCAUCGUCGAGUGAUGAUGAAGGCGAGCCGGAUCCCAUGCAGGAGGAGAAGGAGAAGCUUCUCGACGACACGCCGUUUUGCAUCCGACAACACCACCUGAGAAAGGCCGAGGAUGCAACUCUACCAACGGACCCUCAUGAGCUGGACUUCGCGAAGAAGCGAAAGUUUGUUCGAGAAGAGGCGGGGAUCCGGGACCACCUUACGAAGGCUUACCACAAGUUCAAGUCGGUGAAGCGAGCUAUCCUGCAGAAGCCUAAGAAGGCUGGUGGCCGUUCCCGUGGAGCACGUCCGCGGGUGGUGGCCGCCGUGGAAAAUGCCGGGGUCUCGGAGGUGAUGAUGUCCGAGGAAGUGGAGCUCUCCCCCAUGCUGUUCAAGCCGGGCGAGUACGAGGCAAUGGUCCAGGACACCCUCGGGCAAUGGACAUUGUGGUCCAACCCUUCCCCUCAUGCCGGUGAUGGCAAGCUGUUGGAGGUUGCCGCUGCUUUGCACGCCGUGGACAAGGACGGCGUGACUGAGGUGGUGACAGGCAAGGCCAGGGUCGAGUACAAGUGGAGUGCACUCGGUGACGAUUGGAAGCAGGCCUACGUGGAGCCGCUGAAGAAGGCCCUGCAAGUCUACUUGGACCACGACGGGAUCCGUGGCGUUCCGAGUGGCACCGUCGUUGACCCGGCUCGUGUCUUGGGCUCGCGCUUUGUGCUCACCAACAAAGGUGAGUCCACACUGGAUAAGGCCGAGUUGAAGGCCAGGUGGAUCAUUGGGGGACACCGUGAUCCGGACGCUGGGCUCUACGCUACGAGCUCGCCGACGGCAUCGACCUUGGGUCACAACCUCCUGAACUUUGUCGCGGUGCAGAACAAGUGGGAGGUGCAUUUUGAAGACGUUUCGGCCGCCUUCUUGCAGGGGAAGGAGCUACCGCGCACCGAGAAGAUCUACGCCAGGAUCCCCAAGGGUUACCCUCCUGAGGUUGUUGAGUUCUUGGUCAAGGCCUUGGGUGGCAACGUCCGGGACGAUAUGGUCGAAAUCACUAAGGGUGGUUUCGGACUACCCGAGAGCCCUCGUUUGUGGUACCUGGCGUACAAGGAGAUCCUGCUCGAGCUGGGGCUUCACGAGCUCCGACUGGCUCCCGGACUGUUCCGUGCCUUCACGUCUGCCGGGAGCAUUCGAGCCAUGGCCAGCAUACAUGUCGAUGACACUAGGUAUGCUGGGGACGAGACCAGUGCGGUCAUUUGGGAGCAGCUACACAAGCGGCUCAAGUUUGGCUCGGUGCGGAAGGCCACAGAAGGCUGGCAAAAGUUUUGCGGGCGAUGGGAGCGACAGGAUCCUACCACUCUGGAGAUGGAGAUCAGCAUGCAGGGCUACAUCGAUGGCGUCCCCACCGUGAAACAGCGGGUGGUCCAUGGUGAUCAGUCGUUGACGCCUUUGACCGAUGGCGAGAAGAAGCUCAUCAGCUCGGUGGUUGGUCAGUUGAACUGGGCUGCUCGCCAGGGUCGUUUUGAUCUCUGCUUUGGUGCCUCGCUGAUUCAGCAGCUUGCCGGUCAAGGACGUGCCGAGGCGCUGAAGUGGGUAAACACUGUGGUACGCAGGGCAAGGGAGCCUCUGCAACUGAAAGUUCCGUGUCUAGGGUGCCCUUUGUCGGAGAUGGUGAUCCUGGCAGUGAGCGACGCUGCCUAUGGCGCCAUGCCAAACGGCUCUAGCCAAGGAGGCACGAUGGUGAUGGUGGCCAAUCCCAACGUGCUCGAGGGCGAGGCUCCCGUGUGCAUCCUGGAGGCGAUCAGCUCGAAGAUCCAGCGGGUGGUGCGAUGCUCAAUGUCGGCCGAGGUUUCUUCCCUGGCGACGGCCUUUGAACACGGAGACUACGUGCGGGCCGUGUUCGUGGAGUUGGUUCACCCGCGGUUCGAGCUCAAGCGCUGGAAGGUGUGCGUUGCACCAUGGCAGCACAUCUUAGUCACCGAUGCCCGGACCGGCUAUGAUGCAGUGAAUUCCGAGACUCUUCCCACGGACCGCAAGAUAGCGAUCGACGUUGGUGUUCUUCGUCAAGGCUUGGUGGAAGAGGGGAACGGCUGCAAGGUCCGCUGGGUUCCAGGCAGUCAGAUGCCAGGUGACGGCCUGACCAAGUGGCACCACAACGGUGUUUUGACUACGGUGAUGUCCUCUGGGCUAUGGUCUCUACGCGACACAGCUGAGGCUCAGGAGUUGCGAAAGGUGGCUGCCGCAAAGCGGGCAGCAUGGCGUCGUAGUGCCAAGGCCACCGACUCAUGA